AUGAAAUACUUAUUGCUAGGUUUAAUAUCUAUCUUAAAUUUUAUUUUUGGAUAGCAAUGUCCUCUUUUGCAAGUAUACCAAAAUCCUUAGAAUACUUAAGGUUUUACUGUAAGAAACUUUCUUAGAUUACCAUAAACUAAUUUACUCUUAAUUAAUACAAUAAAUUCUGUUAAUUAAGAUUCAAGUAUAGUUUAUUACAAUGACAUGUCAUCCAGUUCUGGAGAAAUCAUCAAUGUUAUUAAGGCUGAUUAUUUCAUAUUAGACUUUUAAUAUAACCCUGCAACUGACUAAAUCGUAGUUGCAAAUUUUGGUAAUCUUAUCUUUGCAGAUCCUUAUACUCUAAAUGUUAUUAGUACUUUUUCUAUUCCCUUGUUGUAGUCUAUUCAGAUUAUAAAAAAUACAAACUUGAUUAUCCUUACUAAAGGUUUUAAUAUAUUGAAUAUAUUUGACUUCGUAAAAUAAAAAAUAGUUUAAGUUAUGGAUAACACAAAUUAACUUCAAACCUUUCCAGAUAAUUCUAAUCCUUAACAAUACUAUUCCAAUAUAUAUACACUUAGCAGCGGCGAUAAUAUAAUAUUAACCAUAAAUGAUAUGGGUUUAAUUACUUGGGGAAUAGAUCUAUAAUUACUUAGCUAUUAAUUUUAUGGGUAUAUUCCAGAUUCAUAAGUUGUCUAAAAAAAUGAUACGAAAAGAUGUUUCACAAAACAUCCAACUCAAGAUAUCAUAUUUAUUGCUGGAAAAUCAUUAGAGAUUAUAGCAGUAAAAAUAAUUGAUAUCAAAAAGGGACUUUACAAAACUCUUUUAAAAAUGUCAUUGAAUGGGUAUAAGACAACUGAUGCAAUUUUAAGCGUAAAAUUUGUUUACUAUAACAAAAAUGGUUAUACAUAUCCCACUCUUUGGUUAGGAAUACAUAAUAUUGCAUACUAUGCUUAUUUGCAGUUUAAUAGUGAUUUUUCUACUAUCUAACUUUAACUUGGUGGCUCAUUAACAAUUUUAAGUUAAGCAAAAUGGAAUUAAAUAGAAGAAAGCACAAUUUUCUUAAUAUCUUCCAGUUAUUAUGUGAGUAUCUUUAACUAUUAAUCAUUUUAGUUGACGUUCAAUCUAUAUUUUUAUGGUAGCUAUUUAAGUAGGAGAUUUAUUAGAUAAUAGUCAGGCUAAACUGAUAGAUUUGUUUUUAUUUAAUCAAAUAAAGUAUUACUUUAUUAAAGAGGUUACUUUGGAAAUUAUGAUUCUAAUACAUAAAAAUCUACAUUAAGUUACAGUGGGAUCUAAAAUUAUGGAAAUUUUUAUUAAAUAAAAAAUAUUUUUGAUUGGUAUUUUCAUAAAAGCGCCAACACAAAUGGAAACAUUCUGCAAAGCAUAAUCUAAAUAUUUCCUAUUUACCCACUUAAUCAAACAACAUACGUUACUAACAUUACAUCUUCAUUUGGAUUAAGUUGGUUAAAUGUUAAUUAAAAUUUAGAUCCUUAUUAUUUAAAUGGAAUAUUUUGGGUAGCAUUAGCUUUUCCUGCUAAAGCUAAUACAGAAAACUAUCUUUUCCAAUUAAUCAAUUGUUUAUCUACGACAGAGAGGUAUAAUCUAACAUCUGAUUAAUCUGAUGUCCGGUCAAUUUAAACAGCAUUUGCAAUUGCAUCCUUAGAGAAUGCUAACAAUUUAGAGUUAAUAGGAGUAGAUAAUUAAGGUACAAUAUAUUCAUGGGAUUUAAGCAUGCCAAAUAUACUGUUUAAAAACUCUAAAAUAUUCAAUAUAUGCAAGAAUUCUAAAAUUGGAGAAAUUUUUUACUAUGGAAAUUCAAAAAUUUUGAUAAUUUCUUGUGAUGAUAAUAAUGUUUACUCAUUUGAUCUUUAAACCGGAAAUUAUUAAUAGUUAUUAACUUUAAGUAGCUAACCUUUGGCUUUGAAAACUUUUUCAAAACCAUAAUUAGUAGCAAUAGGGGAUUAUAAUUAAGGAAUUGCUUUUAUCUACAAAUUUAAUACAAAUUCUCUUUAGUUUGACUACUUUUUGCAGAUACAAUAAAAAGAAAUUUAUGAUAAACUUAUAUACAUAGACAUGCUUAACGAUUACACAAUUUGGGUUUAAUAUAGUAUGGGUAAUAUUUUUUACUCAAUCUAAGAUUGCUUGUCUGAUUCUAGUCUCUGUACUUAAUGUACUUAAAAGUAUUACUUUAAUGCAACUAAUCAAUAUGAUAUAAAUGGGUUAUAUGGUACUGGUUCAGAAAGCAAACCAUUUACAACAUCUCAGAGUUUUCUUACUGCCAUGAUGAAAGCUUAAUAUUACCAAAAAAUAAUAAAUGGAGUGUCAAAUAUGGGUGUAAACUUUUCUAUUUAACCAGGUUACUUUUUGAAUUUAAAUCCAAAUUUGAUGAAUUUUUAUUUCAACAAAAUUAUCUCAUUGACAUUUUAGAGUAGCUAACCUGCGAUUUAUGCAAGUUUAUAAUACCAAAACACUUUGAAUUUGUAGAAUUAUUACUAAAUUAAAUUGCAAGAUAUUGCAAUAUAUUAUGGAUUGGACACUAUAUCAACAAAUUGUGGAUUGAUAUUUAAAAAUAUAUAACAAGGAGUAAUCAUUAAUAAUAUCUAAUAAUUUAAUCUAAUUUCAACAUCUUUUACUAAGAGUUGUUAAUCAAUAUUAAUUGAAUAAACCUAAUUGUAAGUUUAGAAAUAUGAAAUAGUAAAAGAAGAUUUCACAAAUCACUUAUUCAUUAUCAGUACUUUUAAUUCUAAUUAGAUUGAAUUAUUUAACGUUUCAAUAAUUAAUUCUACUUUGGGUUAAACAUUUAGCUUUUUAUAAUAAUAAUCUAAUAUUCAAGCUAAGAUAGCUAAUCUUACUAUUUCAAAUAAUAUUUGCUCUAUUAACAAUAACUAAAUAGAAGAAGAUACUACAUCUGUUCUUUUCUCUGCUGGAUUAUACACAGCUGAUGGUGUACUUAUAAAAAAUAAUUAAUUUUGCAAGAAAUCAAUUUUUUCAACUGUUACAACUCUAACUCAACCCAAUCAAAUUUUCUCAUUUAGCAAUAUAUUAGUUUAAAAUAAUACUUUUUAAGCAAGAACUACUUACAUAUUUUUUGAUGCAUUUUAUUCAAUGAGAUAAUCCCCUUCUCAUGAACUGAUUUUAAAUAAUGUUUAGUUUAUAAAUAACUAGUUAUCUUAGCAAAGCGCAUAAGAUUUAAAUAUUGCUUAAUACUUUUAAACUAGUAAAAUUGCCAAUUUUUAGAUAUAAAAUACCUCUUUAACUGAUCAUUUUGACAUUUAGCUUGGGUUAAUAGAGAAAGCAAACUAAGUCUUUAUCAAUGGAUUUUCUUGUGUAAAUGAUGAUAAUUAUAUUAAUCAAAUUCCUAACAAAACAACAGCAGGUUGCUUACAAAUGAAAGAAGUAUAAUCAGCUAAUUUAUCAUAAAUUUAAAUUAUUAAGAAAAAGGCUCAAGAUACAAACCUGAUAUCUAUAUUAAAUAAUGAUAUUUAAUAUGCAAAUGUUACAAUAACAGAUGGCUUUUUUAGUGAUUUAUAUUUAUAUUAAAACGAUGUAAAUACUUAAGCUAUACCUUUGUAGAUAGUUAGUUGGUAUUAAAUCUAGGUGGAAUUAGACAAUUGUAUAUUUUAGAAUAUAUUUUUGAAGAGUGUAGAUUACACACUAACCUUCUCAAGUACAGCAUUAUAUUUUAUAAAUUAUGUUGGUUUAAUAAUUAUUACAAAUUCUUAAUUUUUGGAUUCUUACAGUAACUCCUUAUAUGGUUUUACCUAUAUUUAGACUCAUGAAUUAAUUAUAGAGAAUGUCACUUUUAAUAAUUCUACUUUUACAGAUGAUUAGUCUUUGUCUUUAUUCAACUCUUAAGGAAGUAUGAUAAAUGCUAAGGCUCAUAAUAUAACUAUUUUGAAUAGUAAUUUCUCUAGAGCUACAGCAUCUAAAGGUGGUUUUCUUUAUUUAACCUGUUUUGGUGAUCAAUUAAACCUUAAUUUAACUAAUGCUCUAUUUAGUGAAGGGUACUCUUCAUUAGAUGGUAGUGCUAUUUUCAUAGAUGAUGGAGGCUAGAUUCUUAAUCUUAAUUGUGACAAUUGUCAAUUCAGAAAUUUGUAUACUUUAAUGGGUAAUGCUUCAACUCUAGCAUAACAAAAAUAUACUAAACAACAAUAAAAGAAGAGAAAUACUAUUUAAUUUUAAGGAGGAUAUAUUAAUAAUGUAAAGGGAGUUUCAGAUAGCUACUUCAUUGAUGUAGUAAAUACUGAUAUAUUAUUUUAAGACAUAAAAUAAAUUUUAUCAGAGUAAUUCAGCUCAAACCAUUUGUCUUAUAGUUCUUAUAUGAAUAAAACAGGUCUUUCUUAGCAAUCAACACUAGCUAAUUUAUAAAAUUCAAAUUUAAGUAUUGAUAAAUGCAAUUUUACAAACCUGUAAAUUGAAUCUCCAUCAGCAACUUUUCCUUUAUUAAUCAGCUCUUAAAAUUCUUUAAUAUAAAUAAGUAAUACAUACUUACUAAAUUCUUCAUUUACAACAAGUGUAAUUUAUUCAAUCUAAAGCUAAUUAGAGCUUUCUUAGAUAAUAUUUAAAAACAUUAGCUAAAAACUAUCUGAAAAAAGAUUAAUUUAAUAAGAUAUUUAUAAAAUACCUUAAAUAUCCUCAUCUUCUUUGAUUAUAGUAUCAGAAUCAAUAUUAACUAUAAGCUAAGAUAGCCUUUUCUCUAAUAUUAUAUGUAAUUCUAACUGUAAUGGUGGAGCUAUUUAAGUUUCAAAAGGUACAUUUAAUAUUGAUAGCACAGUUUUUAAAGAAAUUCAAUCUACUUUUGGCGGCGCAUUAUUCAUUUAAGGAAUUGAUGAUAACAACAAAAUAUCAAAUACUUAAUUUUAAAAUUGCUUUUCUUAAAAUGAUGGAGGAGCUUUAUAUUUAAAUGCUCUUUAAAAUGAUAAAUUCUCUAUGAUCAUAGACAAAACAACCUUUAUUGGAAAUUCUUGUAAUACAAAAGGAGGUUCUCUAUAUGUAGAUUCUUAAAUUUUAAAUUCUGCUUAUUAAAGUAUCAAAAUGAAGGAUUCAAAAAUAAUUAACAACAAAGCUAGUAUUGGAGGAGGUAUUUAUCAAUAAAAUUUAUCUAUAGACACUUAAGAAAGCAACAUAAUCACUAAUAAUACUAUUUUGAUAUAUGGAAAAGAUGAUAUUUCAUAUCCUUCACAGAUGAGAGUAAAGAAUUUUGAUUAAUUUAUAUAGUUUAAUAAUGGGGUAGUACGAAAGGACUAAAUAGUAAUAAACAAUUUCAGGAGUGGAGCUAAUAUAUCUGAGAUUUAAUUUGUGUUACUGAAUAAUAAAAAUGAAUUAAUUUAUCCAAUCACUUCAGAUGAUUACAAUACAUAUUAAGUUAAUGUUAAUUUUGAUCCAGAAACCAAAGAUUUAUCCUCAUAUUCUCUAAGUGGAGAUCUUUUUGCAAAAUAUGAUAAAAAUAUGCAAGCCUUUAAAUUUAGUAAUAUAAAUAUUAUAGGAACUCCAGGUACAUCAGCUAACAUAUCUUUUACUUCUAAAUAGAUUUACAUAUUAGAUUAAAAAACACAAAAAUUCAUCUAAAACUACACUUUUAAUAUUCUUAUUAAUUUCAGACUAUGUGGUCCUGGAGAAAAAAUCAAUAAUCUAAAUUAGGUAACUGAGUGUUAAAUAUGUCCUUAAAAUUAUUACUCUUUUAAUGUUUCUAAUUGCUUAGAAUGUCCUUAAGGAGCUACAUGCUAUGGAGGAACAAAUAUAGUAGCUAAUUCUGGAUAUUGGAGAAAAAGUAAUACAAGCAAUAUAUUAAUUGCUUGUUCUAAUAUGCAAAAUAAUUGUAUAGGUGGUAGCUUUGGAAAUCAUAUUUGUUAUGAAGGUCAUAUUGGAGCUCUUUGUGAAGAAUGUGAUAUUUUUGGUGAGUAUUGGGGGCAAUCUUAUGCAAAGUCAGCAAAAUAUUAAUGCACAAGGUGUGAUUAGAUUAAAGGAAACUUUUGGGUUUUAAUAUUAGUAACAGUUUGGACUAUACUUUCAAUGUGUUUAGCAAUUAAAGGGGAUGUUGAAGUUCUUAGAAAAAAUGUAGCAAUUUUGGCAAUACAAAAAAAUAUUUUAUAAAGAAAAAAAACUCAAAUCGAAAAGAAACAUAGUCUUUCAACUUAAUAUAAUAUAUUUUCUAAAAUUUCAUAAUAAAGCAAAUAUUUUGCAUCUUCUUAGCACUCACCUUCCAUAAAAAAUAAUUCAAUACAGUUUAUAAAACAUAAAGAUAAUUCAGGAAUCUUAAUUAAAAUGUUUACUAACUAUAUACAAAUCGUAGGAUCGAUUGCAACUUUUAACCUUUCUAUUCCUUAUGGAAUUUUUGAGUUUCCUUAAACAAUUGGACAGCCUAUUAAUAAAACUAUGAAUUCUCUUGAUUGUGCUUUAAAGGAUUUAAACUCAAGUAUUCCUAUUAUUUAUCUUAGACUUUUAUUUACUUUAAUGAUUCCUUUAGUUUAUAUACUAAUAUUUUUAAGCUUGUUGCUUAUCUAUUACUUUUUCAAAAAAUGUAAAGGCUAAUACAAAAAAUUUCCUUGGUAUAUUUUAACAACCGCAAUUAUGUUUUUAAUAAUUUAUAUUUAGCCUGAUUUAGUUGCAUAAAUAGUAGCUCUGCUCUCAUGUCGAUAAGUAGGUGAUAAAAAUUAUAUACUAUCUAAUAUGUCUUUUGUUUGCUAUUCAAGAGAGCAUUAAUUCUACAUUUUGGCUCUUAUUAUUCCUAUGCUACUAUUCUGGGUUUUUGUAAUCCCUGCUAUAUUUUUUUUCUUGUUAAGGAGAAACAAAGAUAAAUUAGAAUCUAGCGAAAUUAAAUUGAAAUAUGGAUUUUUAUAUAAAGAAUAUUAAAAUUAUGCAUUUUAUUGGGAAUUUGUCAAGAUGGCUGAGAAAUUAGCAAUAAUUCUUGUUUUGAAUUUUUAUUCUCAAAGCAUUGUUACAAAAGGAAUACUUGUUUUUAUCAUUAUUGCUGCCUAUGGUAUUCUUACUUUGAUAAUCCAUCCCUACUAAGAGCCAGAAAUAAAUGAAAUAGAUUUUAAUUCAACAAAUGUAUGUGCUUUAACAGUUCUUUUUGGUUUAUUUAUGUAUGAUAAUCCUUACUUUUAUUUCGUUUAUGCCUCGUUUGGAAUGAUUAUAAUUAUGAAUUCAUGGUUUAUUUGUAAGAUAUUAAGCAAAAUCAUCAAAGGCUAUAUCGCGAAAAUUAAGGCAAUAAUACACAGAAUAGUGAAAGCACUUUCAAAAAGAAUAUUUUAUUUUAAAAGAUUUGUUGAAAAAAGUGAAAAAGAAUAAAUUAAACCUGAAAUAAAGUAGAAAUUCUAGACAAUUUUUAAGAAGAUUUUGUCUCUAAAACCAUAAGAAAAGAAAAAAAUUUUCUUGGAUGCUAUUUAAAAAUAAUUAUGCGAAUCAUAUAAACAUAUUUUUGAAGAAUAAGACAGCAACUAAAAAAUUAAUAAUUUGUAAAUUAACGAACUAUAAAAAAAGUAGCAAGAAGAUUUAUAAAUAUAAAAUAUAAACUCUUUAAAAAAGAGAGAGGAAGAUAAACAGGAUGAAUAAAAUGUCUCAAUUGUGAUAGUUUCAUCUUAUAGUAAAUAUUAAGAUACAGUAGAAUAGGUAAAGUAUAAUGAUAAUAAGUUAACAUUUGAGACUGAGCAAAUGAAGAUAGAUUCAAAAGAGGACGUCAUAACUUUAUCUUAAGGCGCCAAUUCCAGAAAGUUUAUCUAUUAUUAAUAAAAAUAAAGCAUCAUUUAAAAUAGAAGCAAUAUUAAAAUCUAAAGUACACCUAGCCAAUAAGAUAAUUAAGUAAAUGAGCAAGUUAAAAGUCCUUAAUCUUAAGAUUCAGACCAAGGAUAAAAUAUAAGUUAAAUUAUUUAAGGAUAAAUAAUUGAGAAUAUAGAAGAUAGUGAUGAUAUUGAUAAAGAAUAAAUAAAUCAAGAAUUUUAAGAGGGAUAAAAGAAUAUUACAUAUUUCUAAGAUAAAAGUUGA